GAUGGAGUAGAGAGUCGGUGUGCAAUUCGCAAUGAUGAAGAUGAUGAUGGUGAUGAUGAUGAUGAUGAUGAUGAUGAUGAUGGCCUUUUUCGAAUCCUGAAGAAUCGAGGCGCUAGGAGGAGGAAGAGGAAAUGCGCGAGAAGUGACAGGGUUGUUGCUGAGGACCUGGAGGGUGCUUAGACCCCUGUCGGCCGGCCGCGGGUUUCCCCUCGCCUCCGAGUGUAGGAAACCGCUGACAGUGGAGCGCGAUGCGAUUGGCCCUUGUCAACUGUGCUGCUGAUAAAUCGUGGCGCGGUGCGCAGCCAAUCAAUCAAUCAAUCAAUCAACGCGCGAAUGUGCCGAACUCUUUCGGUCAGUGGUCAAGCCAAUCAAUCAGCCAAUCAAUCAAUCAGUCAAUCAAUCAAUCAAUCAGUCAAUCAAUCAAUCAACCAGUGGUCAAGCCGGCGAUGGGGAGGGUGCUGAUUCAAUAUACAUGACGUAGAAGAUCUUCGGGGAGAGAGAGAGAGAGAGAGAGACAGAGAGGGCUUCCCGACGAUAGGGAGAGUAGGGAGUCUGUGAUAUCGACGGAUUGCCUUUGAAUGAAGGAUGGAGAAUCACGCUUCCAACAUCCUCUCCGGUAGGAGUGGUGCUGCGGCGAAUGCGGAUUUCUAUCUACCAAAUUACAAACUAGGGAAGACUCUGGGCAUCGGGUCCUUUGGUAAAGUGAAAGAGGCGGAACAUGUGCUCACCGGGCACAAAGUGGCGAUCAAAAUCCUCAAUCGGAGGAAGAUCAGGGCCAUGGACAUGGAUGAGAAAGUUCUAAGGGAGAUCAAGAUUCUGCGCUUGUUUAUGCACCCGCACAUAAUACGGUUGUAUGAAGUCAUUGAGACACCAGCGGACAUUUAUGUCGUUAUGGAGUAUGUAAAGUCAGGGGAGCUGUUCGACUAUAUUGUAGAAAAAGGACGUCUUGGAGAAGAUGAAGCGCGGCGUUUCUUCCAGCAGAUUGUGUCCGGCGUGGAGUACUGCCAUCGAAACAUGGUGGUGCAUAGGGACCUGAAGCCUGAGAACCUGCUUCUGGACUCCAAAUGCAAUGUAAAGAUUGCAGACUUUGGUCUGGGCAAUGUGAUGAGGGAUGGCCACUUCUUGAAGACAAGCUGUGGAAGUCCUAACUAUGCAGCUCCUGAGGUUAUCUCAGGAAGGCUGUAUGCGGGGCCGGAAGUAGACGUAUGGAGUUGCGGUGUCAUCCUGUACGCAUUGCUGUGUGGAAGUCUGCCAUUUGACGACGAGAAUAUACCCAUCCUGUUUAGGAAAAUCAAGGGUGGCAUUUACACUCUACCGGCACAUCUCUCACAGGGGGCAAAGGAUUUGAUUCCAAAGAUGUUGGUUGUUGACCCCAUGAAACGUGCAACAAUAGCCGACAUACGACAACACCCGUGGUUUCAAGCUCAUCUACCACGGUAUCUUGCAGUUCCAGCACCAGAUGCUGCACAGCAGGCCCAGAAGAUAGAUGAGGAGAUCAUAGAAAAAGUUGUCAGGAUGGGCUUUGACCGGCAACAGAUCAUCAACUCGCUGAAGAGCAGAGACCAUAACAAGGCAACAGUAGCUUACUAUCUGAUGUUUGACAACAAGCGACGCGAUUGCAGUGGUUACCUUGCAGCAGAGUUCACAGAAUCCAGAGGGUCUGUUCAUAUGCGCAAGGGCCUUCGGCCAUGUGCCUGCAACAGAAGCUGGGGUUGUGAGCAUUCGGGUCCUCCUGUUAAUCCUGCUCGACCUCCUGGAUACCAGACACCGGAGUAUGUGACACAACAGCAUGGGAGGCCUUCACAUCAGAUGAUGGAUAACUAUAACCGGCCGGGAAUGGGUGCGGGAUUCCUUCACAACGGAGGAAGUGGGUGGAGGAGACCAUCCACAGGUUCGAUGAUGCCUCAUAGAUGCUCUCCUGAGCGCAAAUGGGUCCUUGGCAUUCAGACUGAAAAAUGGAGGAGCCAGGCGACCACCUCGCGUGCUCCCCUUGCAGAGAUCAUGCAGGAAGUCUUCCGUGCACUUCAGUCGCUUGGCAUUUCAUGGAAGAAGCAAGGACUGUAUGCUAUAAAGUGCCGCUGGGUGUUCGUUCCAGAAAUGCCCCAGGUAGAUCCGCCUGCUGUAGAGGACAGUUUUCCAGAUGGUGUUUUGACUACGGGCUGUUUUAGCGCAAUCCCUCUGGGCUGUGACGGGACUGCAGAGGGUGCCAAGGCUGUUGGAAAUGGGAACGGGGUCUUGGACGCUGCGGACAGCUUGCCCUCCACCUCAAGUGGGGGGGGUGCAUCCACACCGUCGUCGGAUGGAGAGAAUGGGCGAAAACUGUCGCCGUCAUGCACGCAAGGCCAACUGAAUGAGCAUCUACAGUAUGAUGGGAAUCUUCCUCGGAGAUGUACUGUUACGUUUGGAAUUCAGCUCUACAAGAUGCGCGAUGACAAGUAUCUUCUCGAUAUGCAAAUGGUCGAAGGUGUUGCCUUCCCCUUUCUAGACAUUGUUGCCAGACUCCUGGAGGAGCUGCGGACGCUGUAGCCUUCCUCGUCUCAUCGACCAAUUUGUCGAGGCUGCAAGGAGGGAGGGUGAUUUGUGCGGAUGGCAGAUUCCAUGUGCUUGACAGGUUGCUGUACCUGCAAACGUCGACAUUCGCUUCCGAGCUGCAGUCUCAUAUGGUGUACGCCGCGGUGCGAUCACCCUUUGGAUUUCAUUCAGGGUAUUGUUGUGUACGGAACAAUCGGCAGGAAUCAUAGUGGGAUCUCUCAUGGCCUCGAUUGACAUCAUCCCAGCAGCAUCGCUCCAUGUUAUCAGCUCGGCAUCCAUUUCUAUUCUAUGGCUUUGAUGUAAAUGGCAUAAAAAACACACAAUGUACCAAGAGUAAUAUGGGCCCCUUGAUGUGUACUAGUUUUCAAAACAAGAGAACCGUUCAACGAGUCUUCGCCAUGUGGGCUCGCUGCCAUCUGCUUGCGCAGCUUUCUAUGAUAAUGCGUUGUUCGACUUGCACAGAUGGUGGUGAGCAGUUGACACAGGCAGAUUUCACAGUAUUGCUCCGUGUGGCCAUACCAAGGAGGGACGGGCCUCGACACUUUGCUUCUGAGCUCGGUUUUGUCCUUUCGAUGUACUGUGUGCUCUAUGGGCACCGGGUGCCGAACACAUUGCCCUCGCUUUGUGAGGAACAGCAGGGUGGAGUGUGUGCUCUUCGUUUGUGUCCCUCCCUGUUGGAACGUGUUGGCGUCAACAGCUUCCAGAGAAGAGGGUCCUGGCGGACGAUCAGAAUGCUCUGAGGAGAGGUUUGGGGGUUGCGCAGAGUGUGCUCUUCAUUUCUGUCCCUCGAUGGCGGAACAUGUUGGCAUCAACAGCUUUCAGAGAAGAGGGUGGUGGCAGACGAUCGGAAUGCGCUGAGCAGAGGAUCGGAGGGUGGGCAGAGAGUGUGCUCUUCGUUUGUGCCUCGCCCUUUCAGAAUG